UUCUGACAAGUGACAAUGCCGUGCGUUCUUCUCCAACCCUCCAUUUAUUCUUCUAAUUCACCAAAUCAACAGGCCCACAAUCGUGGACGAAAAUUCUACAAUCUCCCCACCUCCGAAAGCUACCUCCUCCUCUUGAAGUCCCCCCAGCCGGUCCUCCUCCUCCUAAUCCAUCUCCAUCCCCCACUUCUGUUCCUCACCAAGCAGCAAAAAGAUCAGAUUUUUAACUUCUCUCCCGAGCCAAGAUCGGAUUUUUACUCAAGAUUUGCUGAUCCAACGCCGAUGGCGAGCAAGGGAGGGCCGUCGUCGCCGGCGAAGCCGCCGGCGGUCUGCUGCAUGUGCGGCGAUGAGGGGUUGACUCAGGAGCUCUUCCGGUGCAAGCUCUGCCUUGUGAGGUCGCAGCACAGAUAUUGCAGUAACCAAUACCCUAAUCUCGAAUUCUACACACUUUGCAAUUGGUGUUUGAGAGAAGGAUCAAACUCUUCUAGGAAAGAAGCUGUCAAAGAAGGAUAUUCCAAUUUUAAUGCCUCAAAUAUCUCUUCCUCCGGCAACAACGACAGUAAUGAUACUGAUAAUGACAAUAGAGAGGUUAACAAGAACAAUACAAGCACUACUACUAAUGCUAGUAGUAGUACUAGCUCAGGAAUUAAGCUUCACCGAGUUCAUUUCUCGUCGCAACUCGAUAAUCCAAUCAAGAAGCCAAGGAUAUUGAAUAGAUCUGCCUCUGAUGUCACGGAUCGGAUUAGAUCAACCGGAGAGAUCUCCCCUAGAUUGGGCAAGGCAAGGCAAGUUUUCAAGGCCAAAGUAAGAAGAUAUAAACUCUUGGAAGAGGUCUCUAGUUAGAGUAAGAAAGAAGAAAAAACAGAAGAGAGAUACUAUACUUUGAAAUGUUCUUGACAAGUUAAUAAUUUAGUUUCAUCAUUUUAUUUCAUAUAAUGGCAUAAAAUGUAUGGGUCAACAUAGUAGCAUUAUGAUAGAUUAUAGCAAUUCAUAUCACGGCUACACUAUUCUCGAAUGUUUUGAAUGAUAGAAUGUCAAUGCGAAAGCAUUGUGAAAGAAAUAAUUAUAAUUUUAAAUCUUUUUUCCCCUUUUUCA